AUGCACAUACAGCCGCUAAUUGUCGAUCCCUCCUCAGCCCCUUACUUUUGCUUCUUCAUGUCAAACAAGAACUCACGACAAUCAUCCCCGUCUACACCGCCUCCGAAUCAUGCCCCAUCCAAACUUCCCAAAUUCCUUCAGAAGCAGUCCACUCGUGAUCGGGCGAAAGGGUUGAUGGAUCCUAAUGGAAGCACAAGUACAAGCAGCCUCGCCAGCGGAAGCUCCGCCCUUGCAUCUCCGGAACCUACCACGGCGCCAACGAAGACCCCUCGCAAAGGCAGCAAAUUUCUCGGAAUCAGGGAGAAGGACAAGGAAGACAAGUCCAAACGAUUAUCGGACACUCCUCCAGACACCAAUAACACCACCAACAACAAUGGGAAUAACACCACAGCGGAGAUGGAUGAUCCACCUGUAAUUGUAGAACCCGUCAAUAUACCCCGCCCUCGAACCCGCUCCGAGCGGCCUGCCAUUUCUACCUCCGAACUACAAGCCCACGCUACACUCUACUCUUCUACUUCCUCUGCCUCACGCAUUGGCGACCUCCCAACCCGACUUUCUGGAUGGUUCGCCAACACAUUCAGCACGUCCACCACCGACUUGUCCCUCCCCUCAUUACUAUCCCAAUCAUCUGCCUCGCCGAAAAGCAAAGCGUCAGCUCUAUUAACGGCUGCUAAACACGGGAAAGGCCACUUGGACAAGGCUAUGCGAUACCUCCUUGACAGUGACGCUCUUCCAGACAAGUGUUCAGAACCUAUUUGGCUCUUGGGUGUUCAACACCCGGGGUACGAGCCCCCUCCACCAUCAACGCGCUCUGGCACCCCGGACGUCGUUCGCGCUGGGUCGCCCACAAUGAACCUUGGCCCUCCAGGGCGUCGUAACUCCGGUUCUCCGCCAUCGUUCCGGUCCUCUACAUCCUCAGUUGCAUCAAGCACGGAUAUGUCACCGUCCCAAGCUUCCAGCUCGACGAAACACAUUCACAAUCCCGCUGCUAAUUGGCCCCCGGUGUUUUAUAUUGAUUUUACUUCGAGGAUUUGGUUGACUUACCGUUCGCAUUUCCCAACACCGAUCAAGGAUACGCGUUUGGCGGAUCUGUGUGGCGAUGCUGCCCCUGAAAUUGCUAAUAGCCCAACGACUGUGAAGACGCGGCCGUGGAAUUGGGGUGGGGAGAAGACGUGGUCGAGUGAUACGGGAUGGGGAUGUAUGUUGAGGACUGGGCAGAGUUUAUUGGCGAAUGCACUUGUACACAUGCAUUUGGGACGAGAUUGGCGACGACCUCCGUAUCCUGUGCAAACUGCGGAUUAUGCGACUUAUGUGCAGAUCGUGACGUGGUUCUUGGAUACCCCUGCGCCUGAAGCUCCGUUUAGUGUGCAUCGGAUGGCUUUGGCUGGAAAAGAGUUUGGAACUGAUGUUGGGCAGUGGUUUGGCCCAAGUGUCGCUGCUGGUGCCAUUAAGACACUGGUAAAUUCCUUCCCUGAGUCUGGCCUUGGCGUAUCCGUUGCUACUGAUGGCACACUCUUUCAAUCCGACGUUUUUGCUGUCUCCCAUGGAGAAAUGAGCAGCCGGUCCCCAAGACGGAUUAAAACUACCACUUGGGGUCAUCGACCUGUACUCCUCUUAUUGGGCAUCAGACUGGGUAUUGAAGGUGUAAAUCCUAUUUAUUAUGAAACCAUUAAGCUCUUGUACACAUUCCCACAAUCUGUGGGCAUUGCUGGUGGCCGUCCCAGCUCAUCAUACUACUUUGUCGGCUCUCAGGCAGACAACCUCUUCUACCUUGACCCUCACAACACUCGACCUGCCAUCCCACUCCGUCCUGCUCCUUCACCUGGACAACAACGGGAAUCAACACCCGAGUCAGACAGAGAUAGCUUCAACUACCGACAUGCUCGCUCUCCAACUCAUCAACGCGCACCAACUUCACCGUCCUCAGUCAGGACAGGUUCUUCAACUUUCUCAUACCACGCCCCAGUUUCACCCUCCCCCCUUCAACAACAGUUCUCUACAUCAUCGACUGACUCUUCCCUCUCCAAGUCACCAUCUUCUUUCCACGGUCGAUGGCGCUCUGCAAGUGCCAGUCAAGCUGGCUCUCCGAUGGUUUCCUCCUCUGACAUGGACCAUCGGGAGUUGAAUGGUAUCUCUUUCGGGGGUGGACGUGAUACUGGACUCGAUCCAGCUCAGGAGCAUUAUUGUUCAGCUUACAGUGCAACGGAGCUGAGGACUUUCCAUUGUGAGCGUGUCAGGAAAAUGCCUCUAAGCGGAUUGGACCCAAGUAUGCUCAUCGGGUUCUUGUGUCGGGAUGAGGCAGAAUGGUGGGAUUUCAAGAAAAGAGUUGCAGAACUUCCAAAGACUAUUUUCUCCAUUCAGGACGAACCUCCGACGUGGCCUUCAGGUUCUGACGACGAUGACAUGGGAUUGGAGUCAAUAUCGGAACCUGAUGACUUGGAUAUGGAUAUGGAAGGGGAAGAUGCGGAGGGAGAGCCAUUUUUCGAGUCCUGUUCAAGAUCAGCGUCAAAUUCAAGUGCAGGUGCUAGUAACCCUGGGGGAAGUGAGCGAGGCAAGAGUGAGGAUAUCGACACGGAGGAAGACCCCGUUGAUCCGGUCACACCAGGCCCCAACUCCAGGUUCGACAUCAUCGAGAUCGAUCCAAGGAAAGGCGGGGAAUCGUUUGACGACGACGAUCUUCAGUUCCACCCCGAGGAUGAAGGCGAGACAUUCGAUGAUGAUAUCGAGGAUGAUUGGGUAGAACCUUCCUUGCCUACGCCAACUCCCGCCGGGCCCCUCCCACCACCAGCAGUACCAGAAAAGGACGACCCACCAUCGCCUCCCCCUGCUCCUCCGGCUUUGACCAAGAGCAAGUCGAACGGGAGCACAAAGAAAAGCAAGAAGGGGAAGAAACAGAUCCCGGUACCUGUGCCCAUCGUUCGACUCCCUUCACAGCAAUCCAACAAAGAACACUACCCCUUCCCAGUAACACCUGCUGAAGAACCGUGUACUUCACCCCAGCCUCGGGAGCGGUCCAGGAAUCCAUCAAAUAAGGGAGGAAAGAGGAUGCACACCGCUCGCGCGAGAGAUGGAGGCCGGACGCAGAGUGGUGGAGUCAAGGGGAUAUUGACGGAUGAUUAA